CCCCGCCGCACUUUAGUAGCACCACAGUCCUCAUAGCAACUGCAAAGAUGACCAGUCUUACCAAGAGAGACAAAGCAACCGUCAAGGCCUUCUGGGACAAAGUGGCCCCAAAGGUGGAGGACAUCGGUGUGCAGGCUCUGUCCAGGCUGCUGGUUGUGUACCCCCAGACCAAGACCUACUUUGCCCACUGGAAGGACUUGAGCCCCGGCUCCGAGCCUGUCAGGAAGCAUGGCAAGACCAUCAUGACCGGUGUGGGCAGCGCUGUGAGCAUGCUCGAUGACCUGAAGGGAGGCCUCUUGCCCCUCAGUGAGCUGCACGCUUUCACCUUGAGAGUGGACCCGGCCAACUUCAAGAUUUUCACCCACUGCAUUCUCGUGGUUUUCGCCAACAUGUUCCCCAUCGACUUCACCCCCGAGGUGCACGUGGCCAUGGACAAGUUUCUGGCCGCUGUGUCUCUGUCCCUGGCCGAGAAAUACAGAUAAACGGGCCCGAAAACAGCCCCCCGGGAAAACAGGCAGCAGCAGCAACAGCAGCAUGUCUUUACUGUGUGCUUGUCAUCAAUAAAUGCAAAAUUAAAACAAAACAAAAAAAA